UCUGAUCCAGGCAGACGGAGGAAGGGAGAAGGAUGAAACUUGUGUUUGCUGUGGCCUUCGCGCUGUUUGCGCUAUCCGCCCUGGAUAGGGUGGAUUCCUCAGCCUACGACAAGAUAGUCACCCACAGCAGAAUCAGAGCCAGGGACCAGGGACCCAACGUGUGCGCCCUUCAGCAGGUCGAGGGAACCAAGAAGAAGUACUUUAGCACCUGCCGGAACUGGUACCAUGGGAAGAUCUGUGGAAAGAAAGCGGUGGUGAUGUACGAAUGUUGUCCAGGAUACACGAAGCUGGAGGGGACGCGAGGUUGCCCUGCAGUGGCUCCCAUUGACCAUGUGUAUGGCACACUGGGUCUGGUUGGCACCACUACCACCCAGAAAUACUCUGAGACCGCAAAGCUGAGAGAAGAGAUCGAGGGCCCUGGCUCCUACACCAUGUUUGCCCCCAGCAAUGAUGCUUGGGAGCUUUUAAACCCUACAGAAAGGAGCUCCUUGGUGAACAACGUGAAUCUCGAACUCUAUAAUGCUCUCCAUUACCAUAUGACUGACAGCCGACUGCUCACCAAAGACCUGAAGGAUGGCAUGAUGAUCCCGUCUAUGUAUCUUGACCUUGACUUUUUCAUCAAUCACUACCCUAAUGGGGUAGUGACGGUGAAUUGUGCCAGGAUCAUCCAUGCCAAUCAGGUGGCCACCAAUGGAGUGGUGCACGUCAUCGACCGUGUCAUCAAAGCUGUGGGCAGAACCAUCCAGGACAUCGUUGAAAAUGACUCAGAGCUCUCCUCCCUGAGCUCCAUAGCCAUGGAUGCUGGCCUGCUGGAAAAGCUGAGCGAGCGGGGACACUUCACCUUGUUCGCACCGACCAAUCGCGCCUUUGAUAAGCUCGACAGAGAGGUCCUGAGGAGACUGAAGGGAAAUAAAGAUGCCCUCAGAGCCCUGCUCAACUUCCACCUUCUGGACUCCAUGUUGUGCGCUGAGGCCAUCAUGGUUGGCGCUUCCUACGAGACACUGGAAGGCCACAACAUUGAGAUAGGCUGUGAUGGUGAGAGUCUAACCGUCAACGGGGUCAAGAUGGUGCUGAAGAAGGACAUUGUCGCUACCAACGGUGUUGUCCACCUGAUUGAUGAAGUGCUUAUACCAGACUCAGCCAAACAGGUGAUGGAGCUUGUUGGGCCCUCGCAGGCCAUGUUUGCCGACAUGAUAUCUGAGCUUGGCCUGUCAGCCCAGAUGAGAUCCAAUGUGGAAUACACCCUCCUGGCCCCAUUCAAUACAGUCUUCACUCAGGAAGUGUUAUCCAUGGAACAGGAUGAGCUUAUGAUCAUGCUACAGAAUCACAUCCUAAAGAGUAAGGUGGUCCUGAGCCAGCUGUAUGAUGGCCAGCGCCUGGAGACCCUUGGAGGCAAAACUCUGAGGGUGUUUCUUUAUCGUACGGCCGUUUGCAUUGAGAAUUCUUGCUUGGUAAGGGGCAGCAAGGAGGGCAUCAAUGGUGCCUUGCACCUCAUGAGGACCUUCAUCAAGCCAGCUGUGAAGAAUAUGUUCCAGAUCCUGAAGAGUUCUGGGCGCUUCAAGAUCUUCUUGUCCCUUAUGGAGGCCGCAGGCUUGACUGAUAUCCUGCGACAGGAGGGCAGCUACACUCUCUUUGCCCCCACAGAUGAUGCAUUUGUGGGUCUGAGCCAGCAAGACAUUGCAACACUGAAAAGUGACGCUGAUGCACUGAAGACCUUCCUGCUGUACCACUUCAGCAAAGGCAUCUUUAUCGGUGGAGGACUAGAAACCGGAGUCACCAACCUGCUCAGCUCUCUGCAGGGGAAUUAUCUCAAAGUGCUCCUUAUUAACAACACCAUUUCGGUGAACUCCAUGCAGUUACCUGAAACAGACAUGAUGGCGACAAAUGGAGUGGUUCAUUUUGUCAAAACCUUUCUUUAUCCUGGAGAUGUGCCAGUGGGAAACCAGGAGCUGCUAAGUCUUCUGCAGAGAAUCAUUAAGAACAUUCAGAUCAAGUAUGUCCCUGGAUACAGAUACAAGGAGAUUCCUGUUACCUUCAUAAAACGAGUUGUCACCCGUGUCCCAGAUAUGCGACGCAGGCAACGGGCCGCUACUGGGGGCGGGUCUUCCCGUCCCCUUCCAGUUACUAGGGUGAUUCAAGGGCCAACCACUAAGAUCACGAGGGUCAUCGGAAGAGGGUCACAACAGUGACCAGAGCCAUCCAAGGAUAACAAGGCUAGCCUGACUCUACGAGGUGAGAACACAGUGAGCAUGACUCACACAAGAACGUCCUUCAGCAACCAGAACUAGAAAUGGUGAAAAAACAAUAAAGGCACUGACCUUGUCAAUGCUUAAAUGCUGAAUGUCAUUUUGAGCUGAGAAAAUAACUUUAAAAUCCUUCAAAAGAGAAAAACCCUAUUUUAAAACUCAUUGGCAAUCUUCCAAAUAAUCAUUUGCUUGGUCAGAAAAUGUAUACUGUGUGAUGCUAUGAAAUUAUACUGUUUUCCUAGAGUUUACAAAAUACAUGGAGAUCUAAAAUUUGCCUGAAAUUUUUUUUGAAAGGUUUUCAUAUGUAAAACCUUAAUAUCAGCUAUUAAAUGCAGAUGGUUUAAAUACAUUCAUGGGAUUUUAUAUUCUUACCAAUAUUAUUAUUUGGUAUAACUUCAAUAAAUAUGAACAAACUUAAGUACACAGUUUAGAAAUUCCACAAUAAGCGGCAUAAUCUCCAUGUUUCAAUUUUAUUUUAGAGUUUCAUAAAAUUUUUAAAUGCUGAGGUCAAUAAAAAGCCCCUUUUUGAUGAUCAAAAAUAUUGAAUGAAAUUUUUAUUCCAUUACUUUUUUAGGUUCCCUUUUGUCAAUCAAGGUAUCUUCAUUUGAUGUACGAAAUGGAACUGGGAACUAAAUGAUAACUUAAAAAUUAACCCAGUCUUAUGCCUUUUAUAGAAAUUACUAUCAAAUUAAUGGAAUGACGGAGAUUGAUAGGACCAUUUACCUCUACAUUUGUGAUUUUAGGGUGCUCGCAUUCAGAUCGCAGAAUGCCUUUUUUUUUUGCUCUCAAUAAACAAUACUUAGCUACUUCACAUAGCGAGGUUUUUCUGUAAGGUUUGUGGCUUGCCUAGACUGAAUGUUUAGUCUAGUGUUGUGCUUUUUCAGAACUCUGUUCUCUUUCAUAUUUAUGCUUAUAUUUUACUGUUGGGUUUGGUUCAGAAACAGACAGUACCAA